UUGAAAAUAUUAUACCAUUGUUUAAAAUUAUAUAUAGAAAAACUAUUUCAUAGCCCGAUGGAUGAUCCAUGUUAAAAAAUUAUUGAAUGACAUGUUUAAAAAGAAAUAUUAACAUUUCCUUUACGUCAAAUUCGAGGGAAAUUAUUAAAAUAGAGGGUAGAUACGAAAAAACCACCUUGUUCCUUCCUAUUUUAUUUCUUGCUCACUUGGUGUCACUCUCAUCCAUCUCCGGUUGGUCUUGCCCAACUCUUCCAUCACCCAUCUCUAAGCCUCGUGAAGAAGAAGCUUCUGCCGGAGAAGAAGAGGAAGCCAAAGAGAGGAGAAAAAACCCUAAAUAAUGGGCAAUAUUGUAAUUUUACGUAUCAUAAGAAUGGGUAAUUUUAAAAAAUAAGAAACAAAAUGAAUGUAAUUUUUUAAAUAAAAACAAGAAACAAAAUUAAAGCAAUUAAAAAAAAAAAAAAAGAAAUAAAAUGAAAGUAAUUUUGGAAAAUAAGAAACAAGAAGAGAGUGGGAGAAAAUGAUAUGAUCGCAACUCAUAAGGGGUUGAAACUGAAAGCCUUAUCUCCAAUUUUCUGGGCUCCGAGACAACUAGAAAUGAGUCUCCGAUUGCUUCCUAAUUCCGGCCACCCCUCCCUCCAUCUUCGCCGCAAUUGCCGCCUCUUCUACGACCUCCGCCCCACAAAUCAACAACCACCGCCACCAAUGGAGGUCGAAAUCAAACUCCGUCUCCCCGACUCUUCCUCUCACCACAAACUCUCCCACCUCCUCUCCUCUCACCACAUCAAAACCCACAAUCAACACAACUUCUUCUUCGACGGCCCCAACGCUGAGCUCUCCUCCAACCACGCCGCCCUCCGGAUUCGACUCUACGACGAAGAUUCCCACUGCGUCCUCUCUCUCAAAGCAAAACCCAUAAUCUCCGACGGAAUCAGCCGCAUCGAGGAGGAGGAAGAGGCGUUGGAACCAUCGAUCGGCCGCGCGUGCGUGGAGGAACCGAAUCGAAUGUUGUUGAUGGAAGAAUCGAAGAUUUUGGAGAGAGUGAAAGAGGAGUAUGGGGUUGAUGGGUUUGUGUGCUUGGGGGGAUUCAAGAACGAGAGAAGAGUGUAUGAAUGGAAAGGAUUGAAAUUGGAAUUGGAUGAAACGAUAUUUGAAUUCGGAAGGAAUUAUGAAAUGGAAUGUGAGAGUGAAGAUGCGGAAAGAGAUAGGGAUUUGUUGGAAGGAUUUAUGAAGGAAAAUGGGAUUCGUUAUUCGUAUUCUCAAAGUUCUAAGUUUGCCAUUUUCCGAUCUGGGAAGUUGCCGCCAUUCUCCUGAAACCUUUCUUCUUCCAUUUUCAUGAUGCCGUCAGCCGUCCCAAUUUUUUUCUCUUUUAGAUUUUAUUUUAGUUUUAAAUUUUAUUUUUCCUGAAACACAUGUAAUUGGUUUUUUUCCCUUUUUUUUUUUUCAAAUAGAAAAGAAUAUAGUUUAUAAAUAUUAAAAUCUCGGUGUCGAUCUCGGUAAAAAAAAAAAGAGUACCUUCACAAGUUCUUCAUAAAUUGUACUCUUUUUAAAUGAUGAAAAUCAAUUCGAGUUAGGUAAUUUUCUCAAUA